AUGGAGUCUCAAAUGGACCACAAACAUCAACCACCGCAACAUCAAGUGUUCAUAAAUUUCCGUGGAGAUCAACUGCGCAAUAACUUCAUCAGCCAUUUGGUGAAGGCCUUGGAAGGGUGUGGAAUCAAUUUCUUUAUCGACACAUUUGCGGAAAAAGGUGAAGACAUCAAAAAUCUUUUCAAGAGAAUUGAGGAAUCAAGAGUCGCGUUGGCCAUAUUCUCGACCAGGUAUACAGAAUCAACAUGGUGCUUGGACGAGCUUGUCAAGAUCAACCAGCGCGUUGACUUAGGCAUGAUCAAGGUACUUCCUAUCUUCUACAAGGUGCCUACAAAAAGUGUGAAACAACUUGUGGGAGACUUCGGUAACAAUUUCAGGGAUCGAGAGCGGGAACAUAAGAAUGAGCAACCCAAAAUCGAUAUAUGGAAAGAGGCGUUGGAGCGUGUCAGUGGGAAGCAUGGCAUCGUAAUAGAUGAGCAAAGUUCUGAAAGCAAUUCCAUAGACUUAAUCAUUAAAGAAGUCUUGAGAAUGCUAGCAAGCAUUCCAUUGCCUACGAAUCCUGAGAAAAUUCAUCAGCUUCUUGAAAAUGGAAAAGCUUCUUCACAUGUUACACUCACUGAGCCUACACAUACUUCAAAUCCUCAGAAAGUCCAUCAGCUUGCUGAAAAUGGAAAUACUUCUUCACAAGUAACACUCAUUACUGAGCAUGCUAAGGCUCAGGAGGUAGAAGUCAUCCCAGCACAACGUAAAAAGAUCCCACCACUGUCUUAUUACGGUUACGGGCCUAGGCCUACCGAGUUACCGUCGUGGGGCAAAUCGAGUAAUACAACAACCAAAAACAAAAGGAAAAUUUGA